UUGCAGUGUUGGAGUUUCUGUCACAGUAUUGGUGUUAUAUGGUGGGCUUAUUCUAUUUAGAAAGGUUGCUGAUACCAUUAGUAUCUGUUAAAGCAGUAUCGGUUCAACGUCAGAACCGUACGCGUCUGUGUAUAAAAAUAAAUAAAAGAUUUUCUGUUUUGUUGUUGUUUAACACAUUGUUUUAUUUUGUUGUUGUAAAUUGUUAAACAUCUAAAAGAUACAAAUUGAAUUAAGAAAAAAAAAAUAAACAAAAUUGUUUAUAAUAAAUUUAGAAAAAAAUAAUAAUAAACGAAGAAAACCUGGCUUAUAAAAUAAAGUUUGGAAUGUAAAAAAAUAAAAUAGGAAACGACAAAAUAAAAAAGAAAAACUUAUUUAAAAAGGAAUUAAACUUUGUUUUUGAAUUAACAUAUGAUCUAAGUGAUCAUACAACCAACGCAACAACAGCAGCCGCAAAUGCGUUACAUGUUACGGGAGCAGCAGCAGCAGCAUCCACAACAACAACAGCAGCCGCUGCUAAAGCCAACUGCAUUUUGUACACACAUUUACUUGCAACUUCAGGCACACAUACGCUGCUAACUAUUAGUACGUGGUAGUUACCUCUGAGCGGUAGUGUGUAGAGUAGAGUGUUUAGGAAAAUCUGUAGAAAAAAAUUUUCGUGAUUGUUUUUUUUUUCUUCUUUCUAUUUUUCAAUUCAUUUUGUCCGAAAUUGAAAAACAACGCAACACCAUACUUGCCACACUAACAAUCAUCAUCAUCAGCACCAACCACUACUUACAAACACACAUAGAUUUACUAUUUAUAUGAUUGUGUGUUUGUUGUUAAAGUUGUAUUGUUGUUGUUGUUGCUGUUAUACUACUGUAUGAGGAAAAAUCACAAUUUGUGUAACGUUAUUUGUUGAUUGCACGUUGACGGGUAAUGUGCGUGCAACGCGUUUUACUCAAAUAGAACAUUUUCAAAUAUAACACAAAAAAAAUAAAAAUUCUGGCGAACUUUGGAUUCUUAAUUUUCUUAUAAAUAAAAAAAAAAUUACCAGUGGAUUUUAAAGAAAAAUUUAAAAAGAAAUUUGCAAAAAAAAAUCGUACCUUUUUACAAAAUAUGCUAAAAAGUUUAAUAAUAAAUAUUAUAACCAAUAAAUUUUAUACACUUAAUUAUAAAUAAACACCAAUCAAAUCUUGCCAAUUUAUUAAAAAAUUAUUAUAAUAAUAAAAUAAAAAAAAUACGUGCCGCAAACAAAUAAAAAGUGUCUUAAAGCCUUAAUCAUUUUUUUAAAUAACAAAAAAAAUAAAAAAUAAAAUUACAAUAACAAUUUUAAAACUUUUUACGCUUUAUACAAAAUAAUUAAUACAAAAAAAAAUACACAAAAGCUUGCCAAUCUUUUUUAUAUUAAAAUAAAAUUAAUAAAAAAAUAUUCAAAAUAUUCUAAAACUUAUGACAAAAAUUUAAACAAAAAUUAAAAAUAAUUAUAAAAUAACAGUGUGAUAUUUUUAAUUCUAAAAAAAAACUAAAAACUUAAAACAGUUUUUUUUAAAAAAAAAGUGAAAUAAAAACAAAAUAAUUUUUAAAAAACUAAAUUACACCUUUGGAUUAUAUAUUAAAUUCAACAUUGUCAACACAACAAUCUCAUUUUAAAAAGUUACUAAAAUCUAGCUAUAGAAAUGUGCAGCACUUAGUUAAAAAACGUUAAAAAAAUAAAACAACCCAGACCAAACCAAUUACCACAACUUUAUCCUGAUCCUCUCUACUACAAAAAAACAGCUACCGGAAAAAUAUUACAUCCAAAACACACACCCUACACCUACGAUUUAUCUAAAAACUGUCACCUAAUGACUAUGGCCGAAGGUACUGACCCCAUGGGGCAUCAUGCAACAUCUCAUCAUCAUCAUCACCACCAGCAGCAGCAGCAUCAUCAUCAGCAGCAACAACAUCAUUAUCAACAAGCCCAGCACUUAGCCCAUCAACAGCAGCAGCAGCCACAUCAUUAUCCACCCUACACUCACCUGCCCUAUGGUUUGCCCCACAAUCUGGCCUUGACUCUGCAACAGCAAGCGGCGGCAGCAGCAGCUGUAGCGGCCUCGGCGGCAGCCCAAGCUAAUGAAAACAACAACAACAACUUAACACAGGACCAUGUUAGAGAGAAUAACAACAAUAAUAACACAACGAAUAUGCCCUGGAAGCAAAGGAAACGUAAACGUCUGUCGGCGGUUCUAGAUAAAUUACAUCAUAAUAGUGUGAAUCACAAUAUGGAGGUGGACGCUGAUGAUCAGGAUUCGGAGAAAUCCAAAGAGGCUAACAACAAUCACAAUGAAAGUAAGUCAUCCUGCUCUACCAAACGCUCCAGCUAUAGUGGUGACGAAGAGGCCGAUUCGGUGGAGGAAAUGUCUAUAGGAGAUAAUGAUGAUAGCCCUAGAAUAAGCUUGAGUCCUGUUAAUCAUAAUAAUAACAACAACAAUAAUAAUAACAAUAACAACAUUAUUAUGGAUAAUAGUUUACCUGCGGCGAAAUUCAUUAAAACUGAAGAACCUCAAAAUCCUUUGACAGUGGACAUCAAGACCGAAGCCCAUCUGUCAAGUCCCUACGAUCGUUAUUUUCCCAUACCCUCUCCCCUGUUUGGUUACUAUUUGCACACCAAAUAUCUCAAUGAAGUAUUUCGACGGAGACAAGAUCUCUACACCUCGCCCCUGCAGCACACACCCUCCUCCAUAGCUUCCUCACAAAUGGAUGAAACUUCACCGAAUGCCAAGGAAAUGAAGGAAUUGAAAAUGGAAAGAUCUCAUCAGGGUGAAUUUACGGCGGGAGCUGGCAGCAUGUCACCGACUCAUAGUGUGGCCAUGGCUUUGCCUUCACCGCCGCGCAGUGAGACUUCGGUUAGUGAGACCAUGUCGGCUAAUACCUCGGAUCCCGCUAUAAUGCCGCCACCCCAGGACAGACCUUUGGAUUUGUCGGUGCGUAGUGGUGGGACCACGCCCACGGGAGAGUUAGUAAUGCAAAUGGGUGAGGGGGCAGUAGGUGGUAAUGCCAAGAAGUAUAAGUCUACUUCGCCGUUGCCAGCCACCACCAUGAUGUUGCCGCCCAGCCAACAACCGAUCUCAGCUUCUUUGUCGCCCAGUAAUUGUAACAAAAGUUCUUCUGCGGGCUCGGCCACUACCACCACCACCAUAUCUUCAGCUCCUGUUUCACCCUAUGGCGGCGGCAUGUCUCAUGCAGUGGCGGCAGCUCAUGCCCAUGCUGCUGCAGCAGCAGCGGCUGCCAUGAUCAAAAUGGAAAUGCCCAUGCAUCCAUUGCAUGCUCAUGCUCCAACCACUAGCGUGGGGGUGCCCGUCAUUAAGGGAGAUGUAGCCUCACCCACCACUAAGGAAUCAGUGGCCUGGCGUUACAAUCUCGAUGUUUCGCCCGUGGUAGAGGAAAUGCCGCCCGGCUCAGAUGUAGCCUAUGUGUGUCCGGUGUGCGGUCAAAUGUUUUCAUUGCACGAUCGUUUGGCCAAACACAUGGCCUCCCGUCACAAGUCUCGCAACCCCUCCAACGACAUAGCCAAAGCUUAUUCGUGUGAAGUGUGCAAUCGUUCGUUUGCCCGUUCCGAUAUGCUGACACGUCACAUGCGUCUGCACACCGGUGUCAAGCCAUACACCUGCAAAGUAUGCGGCCAAGUAUUCUCACGUUCUGAUCACUUAUCCACCCAUCAACGUACUCAUACCGGAGAAAAGCCCUACAAAUGUCCCCAGUGUCCCUAUGCAGCCUGCAGGCGUGACAUGAUCACCAGACAUAUGCGCACCCACACACGCUAUGAGUCUCAGCAACAAAGACAACAGCAGGGAGGUGCCCAAGGACACCAGGUUUCCGACAACAAACCCACGUUGCCCAUAUUGGCCGACAUGAAAAUGAACAUACCCAUGUUGCUGAAAUCUGAGGAUUAUACCCGGAAUAUACCUAUGAAUCAUAACAUGAGUGCUUCCAUGCCGAUCGUGGUGAAAACAGAGAGCGCCUAGUUAAGCGCUCACAGCUUAUGGUAUGUUAACUCUCACAGCUUUCCGUUUAAAGAAAGCUUUUACUCUUUGAAAUGAUAUUAAGAACUACAACUAACAAACUAGAAAUGAGAUUAAUUUAGAGCAAACAAACAAACCCUUUUUUAAAUAUAAAAAGCAGCCUAAAACUUGCCACUUUAGUUAAAUUUUAAUUUCAAUUAAAAAUUAAAAAAAGACAUUAUUUUAAAAGGAGAAGAGUAGCUUUUUAAGAUUUAUAUAGUUUAUAAGUUUUUUUAUUAUUAUAAUAAUAUUAAACUAAUUUAAUUUAACCAACAAAUUUAGCAAGACAAAUUAAUUGAUAAUCUCUCUGCCAAGACUGAGUCUAAGUUUAAAAAUUACUAACCCUCUAAAUGCAAACAAACAAACAAAACUAAACAACUUUUUUUUAACACAAAUUAAAGCAAAAGCUUAAAACAAAAAGCUGUUUAUUACAAAUCUCUUUAAAGUAAGAUUUGUGUAUUAGCUUUUUGUUUAAUGCCGCCAAUCAACCACAAUUUUUGCAUAGUAUUAAUAUAUUUUUU